GAUAAAAAAACAAUUUUUUUUUUUGCUAUUUUGCUUUCGUUGCUUUUGGCCCAUUUUCAACAUAAUGCGCUGUGCUUUGCGAUUGCAGGCAGUUAGACCCACAGCCUUUUUGGUAUUAGUAUUGCCACACAGUUACAUUUUUUUCAAAUUUACGCAUGUAAAGCGAAGCGUUUGCGGGGAUAUUGACGUGGAAAAAGGAUUUUGGUUUAUUCAAAGGAUAAUGUUAAUGGUUUACACUGGUCUGCUGUGCUGUGAGUAUACAUAGUGCCGCACGAGGGAUGUCACCGACGACUUUGGGCAGCGUCAUCUGUUACAACGGCAACUAUGAGGGCGAUCUCAGCAUGUUCGGCAGCAAGCCAACACUGCAGGCGCUGACACAGCAACGCCGCCUGGAGCUGGUGGAAACCGAUUCGGACACCGAGUACCGACGCGAAUUGGAAGCUUAUCAACCGCCACAGCGUAGUAAUGCGCACCAAGGUAGUGGCAUUGAGCGACAACUGCGACGGCUGCUCAUCUACUAUGGCGAUCGUUUAUUGAGCCCCAAGCGACGCCAACAAGCCACAGCAUUCACGAGCAGCAUCUAUAAGAGUUCAUAUUAUCAGCGCACAAGCGAAUUGCUGUACCGAGCCUGCGCCUGGACGCUGUGGCUGUUGCGACUGAUGCUCUUCACUCUGCUCCGUUGCACCAACAGCAGCUUUGGUUGUUGGCGUAGUUGUAUUUUGAUGCGGAAUACAGCACGCCGCGUGCUCUGGUGGAUGACAUUGGCGAAGUGUGGCGAUGUGAAACUCUUCGUGAUGAUAUUGCUCGGCACACCGCUCGUAUUCGUCAUCGGCGUGGUGGGCCUGCUGCUCUCCGUCUAUUGUGCGCUGCGUGAAUGUUUUAGUAAUGCAAAUUUUCUACGCCGAUUUCAUGUCACCUGAAUAACACACACACACACAUACCGCCCCACCAUAUAGCGAGAUAUAUUUUUGAGGAUUUUCAAGGCGUUGCUAAACUUGCCAGAAAGGAUAUUAAUUAUUGAUGAGCGAAAUUCCAUGUGCCUCUGUCUUAAAGCGCACUCUACAACAAAAAGAUAUAUUUCUAUAUAUAUUUA